AUGUCUCCCUCUCAUCUGUAUGAUGUUAUCGUAGUGGGCGGAGGUGCAGUUGGUCUUGGCGCCACGUACGAGGUUGCCAAGAGCGGCAAAUCUGUUCUGGUUCUUGAGCAAAACUGCUUUUUCAAUGGGGCAGGAAGCUCCAACGACCUGGCAAGAAUGUAUCGGACCAUGUACACCGAAAAGUUCAUGGCUAAAUUGGCCCACAAGUCUCUCAAGAUGUGGAAAGACCUAGAGAGGGAUGCUGGCACUGCGCUCCGCUCCAUGACAGGUCUCUUGAAUUUCGGUGAUCCCACACUGGGCGACGACACUCCCGAAGGCUCCCUGACUGGCCCAAUCUGCAACUUGAAGGAAUUGAAAAUGCCGUUUCGCGAGAUGAAGAAACAUGAGAUCGAAGAGGAGUACCCAUUCAAGAACCUCCCAGACGGCUUCGAGGGCGUCUAUGCUCCCGACAACGGUGUCAUCAAUGUUCCACUUCUGCUCCGCACGCUGCAUCGCUUGGCCAAAGACUACGGCGCUCACGCGCGGCAGUACGUUCAAGUCAGAAAGCUUGUUCCGUCUAAAGCACAAGAUGGCCAAGAGGAAAUUUGGACUGUUGAGGCGCUUGAAGAUGGGAAGGCCAUCCAGUACAGAGCUCGGAAGGUCAUUAUCACCAUGGGCGCUUACACCAACCAUGUCACUGAGCCGAGCUUCGGUAUGCGCCUGAAGCUCACGAUCUGGGAGAUGGUGUCGUCGUACUUCAACAUCAAUGCGGGUCCGAAUGGGACCGUAUUCCCAAGCAUGUGGUUCCAAUUCGCCAACAACAAGAAGGUAGGCGACGAGGAACGAUCGCAGCUCUUCUAUGGCUUUCCGGCACUUGAAUGGGGUCCUCCCAAUGUAUGCCGGAUUGCGGUAGACGCAGCAACCCAUAUCAUUUCAGAUCCAGACCAGCGAUCUGCACAUGUCAUCAGCCCAGAGGACAUAGCGGAUACGCAGGAGUUUGUGAAGAAUCACGUUGUGGGUGUGGACUCGACGGUGCCUGCUUACUCAUCGUCGUGCUUGAUGACGAAUGUCUUCGACAACAUGUUUGUUCUCGACUUUGUGCCCGAAGAAUAUCUCCAGGGUGGUGCCAAGAAUAGUGUCGUCUUGUUCACAGCCGGAUGGGCUAUGAAAUUCGUUCCUCUCCUGGGUAGAGCGCUCAAGGACAUGGCCUUGCAUGGGCACUCUGAUCUCGGUCUCGACGAGUUCAAGAUCGAUCUUUCAGGUAUUAUCAGCCAUUCGACUCUCAAAGCCUCUUCUGCUAAGUUCUACAACCUGGACGCCCCCCAUACUAGUGCAUUGUGCCGAUCCACUGAAUGA